CGCUUAUAUCGUGGAACCAUCCUCUCGAAUUUGUGCAAAAUCCCCAAGCAACCCGUCUUACAUCUCCGCAUGACAUUGACCAUGGAAAACCAAACCCGUCUCGAAUCCUGGAACAAUUACUGCGAUGACUUUGUAAACCAUCUUCGAAACUCGAAAGCAGUCCUUGCCCUGCUCGGCGCAGGUCUGUCUGCAAGUUCCGGCAUAUCCACCUACCAAGGCAGUGGUUCGACCUGGCAAAACCAUUUAGUACGAGAUCUCGCCACGAAAAGUCGUUUCGAGAGAGAUCCGGUGCUGGUUUGGGAAUACUAUCGCCAUCGACAAGCUGAGAUAUUAUCGGGGGUGCCUAAUGCAGGACAUUUCGCUCUUGCCGGAUUGGCGACGAUAAAGCCGGAUUUUUUGACGAUUACGCAGAAUGUGGAUGAUCUCUCACAACGAGCUCGUCAUCCCCCAGAACUGCUGGUGCCAAUCCACGGCUCGUUGCUAGAUCUCCACUGCACAAAUACCUCUUGCGCCUUUUCCCGCCAUCACAACUCCCAUGAUCCGCAUCUUCAUCCUCAACCAUCUCCACCCACACCCUCCUGCCCCCUCUGCACAUCCCUCCUCCGCCCCUCCAUAACCCGCUUCGGCGACCCGCUCCCUCCCUCCCACCUCUCUACCGUAGAUUCUUGGUUUUCCGCCCACCCAACCAUCGACUUGAUGCUAGUUAUCGGGUGCGCGUGCACUGUAAGUCCAGCUGCCGAUUACAUAGACAAAGCCAAGGAAAAGGGAGCCAGGAUUGCUGUGUUCAAUGUUGAGUUUGGGAGGCAAGCGCUUUGUUUGGGGCAGGAGGAUUGGUUUUUUGAGGGGGAUGCUGGGGUGAUGGUGCCGUUGCUUUUGGGGAAGGUGGUUGGGUGA